AUGGCACCUCAUCCGAACUGGUCGCCCUCGACUCUGCCCUCGCUGAAUGGACGAACAUACCUUGUCACAGGCGGCAACACAGGAAUUGGCUAUUGGACAGUCCACCACCUCGCUCUGCACGGUGCCACAGUAUAUGCAACAUCUCGCUCUGAGGAUAGAGGAUCAUCUGCGAUAUCUUCGAUUAAAGCGUCCAUUAUGAACAGCAACAAAAGUCUCACACCGACAAUCCACUUGGUGGUGGUGGACCUGAUGAGUCUGACAUCGGUUGUUGCCGGAGCAGAUCGAAUCCGCAGAGAAUGCUCUCAGCUGCACGGGAUUGUCAAUUCCGCCGGAAUCAUGGCGACACCGUUCCUGAUGAGCGAGGAUGGGUAUGAAUCGCAGUUUCAAACCAAUUACCUGGCACACUGGCUGCUAACCGCGCAGCUGCUGCCACUGCUCGAAUCGACGGCUCGAUUCUCGCCAGCGGGGACCGUGCGCGUUGUCAACGUGAGUUCAACGGGCCAUACGGCAGCAUUGAAAGAGGGCAUCAGUUUCGCCGACACCAGUCUCAAGGAAAACUUCACCUUCCGUCGCUACGCACAGAGUAAACUGGCCAACAUCCUUCACGCAAACGCCCUGCACACGCGAUACCGUUCCGCCGCCAGGACGGACAAGUCGCAGAUCUGGGCUUUGUCCCUGCACCCGGGCGCCGUUGACACACAGCUCAACACUAACACAUGGGGUUCGUCUGUCACACCAAUCCUGCGGUGCCUGGGAAUGUAUAUCACUCCAGAACAAGGUAGUUUCAACUCGCUUUGGGCGGUCGCCGCGCCCGACGUCACGGCCGAAAUGUCGGGGCAGUAUUUCAUGCCCGUGGGUGUCAAGAAGGCUCCCAGCAAACCGGCACAGGACGCCGAGCUGGCAGAGAAACUUUGGGAUUGGACGGAGAAGGAGAUGAGAGCGAAGGGAUUUUUGAAUGGCAUCUGA